UUACACACUUUGUGUGAUAACAGUAGUCCUUAAUUCGUGCUCCGAUGCGUCUUCUCAGGCGUGAUAGUGAUGGCAAGUACUGCCUCAAACAAUUUUCUGGCAAAAACGCCAAAGACGUCCCGUUCUAUGCCAUCCUUUCACACACGUGGGGUGCGGACGGACAAGAGGUCACUUUCAAUGAUCUGACAGACGACACAUCCAGCUACACUCAUAAAGAGGGUUAUCGCAAGCUCGAGUUCUGUCAGCAGCAAGCAGCCCAAGAUGGCCUAUCGUAUUUUUGGAUAGACACCUGCUGCAUUGACAAAUCAAGCAGUACAGAGCUUCACAGAUCACUCAACUCCAUGUUCCGUUGGUAUCAAGGAGCGGCUAGGUGCUACGUGUACUUAGCCGAUGUCUCAGUCAAAGGCGAUCCUGAAGAGGACGAAGAAGCGUGGAAGUUGGCAUUUGAGAAAAGCAGAUGGUUCACUCGCGGUUGGACACUUCAAGAGCUCCUUGCUCCACCUUCCGUUGUGUUCUACUCACAGGAAGCGAAGCGCCUUGGUGAUAAACAUUCCCUAGAGCAAACAAUCCACGAAAUUACUCAAAUACCAAUCAAAGCCCUCCAGGGGACGCCUUUGUCCUACUUCAGUGUCAAAGAACGCAGGUCCUGGGCAGCAAACCGACAAACCACGGAAGAGGAAGAUGAAGCCUACUGCUUGCAAGGAAUCUUCGAUGUUUGCGUGCCGCUCAUGUAUGGCAGUGGGCGGGCCAAAACGAUGGCCAAGCUGGACUGGGAAAUUGCGCAUUCUGAAAAAUCGGGAGAGGAGCAAGAUGUUGUGACCAUUGGCGGUGCAUCAUGGAAAGAUCUUCAAACGUUGGACAACAGGCAGUUGAAGGAGCUGGACUCGAAGCUCGUAGAGUUUUCGAUAUGGUUUCUCAAGGAAAUCAACAUCCACACAGUCGAUACCAUGUCAGCAGAAGCGGGUCGAAAGUUGCAAGCAUUGCUUGAGAGUAUGGGUGUAUCUUACUAUGAUGAAACCAAUCGUCUGAGAGGACGAUAUCAGACAUGGAGACAGCCCUGGGCAGAAUAUGAAGCGCGAAAUCUACCUGAUCUUGGACGAAUGCUUGGAUACUUGGGCAAUCGGUGGUGGUGGGCAAAUGGUCAAUCCGAUCUUGUCACGGGUAUCAUCGCAGCCAGGACACUAGUAGAACUAAUGAUCUGGAGAGGCAUAUGGUAAACUUCGAGUGAAUUCAGCGUCGAUACUCGAGGUGUUUUCGUUCGUGCAGCGUUGUUUGCUCCACCCAUUUUGCCACUUGAGUUAUUGCCAGUCCAGUAACUGCCAAGGCUUGUC